AUCCCUCUCCCGGGUCAGUUACGCUUGGACGUGUAAACAGUUAAGCGAACUAUUUGCUUUAAGAAUUUGUUAAUGAAUUGUUAGGCUUAAACGAAUAUUUCCUAUUUUUCAUUUUGCUAAAAAAUCUAGGAUAUAUUUGAUCUGGGGUCAAUCUCAGGAUGUGAUAAGUUUAAGAAAGAAUGGCUGAAGGUAAUGAACAUUUUCUUGAAAACCGGAAAGAACUCGAACGUAUGUGUAAAUACGAAAAUGACGAUAACAAUAAGUUGUUGCAUUCGUUAGAGAAAAAACAUGCGAAUGACUUCGGUCCAGAAAGUAUAUGUGUCCCCGGUGUAAGAAUCCCGCCAGAAGAAACGACAAUUGAGAAGGAAUGUAGAUCAGAGUGGCACCCCGUGUCUUCUGGAUAUAACACAGAAAACCAGUCCUUAGUCGAAAACAGUGCUAGUGGUUCAACAAUAUUUGGUAGCAGUCGUUCUGUAAUUACUGGACAGGAAGUUCAAAACCCAAAUGGUUCAUGCGCAAAUGCAUCUGGUAAACAAUCUCCCAGCAAACGAAUUCAUCAGAGUUUUAAUUUUAGUUCAGGCGAUUACAACUUUGACUUAGAUACAGCUUCUGCCUCAACAAUGUAUAAUAGAAAAUGUGAAAAUGCACAUCAGGUAUCAACUAAUGCGCGGGGUUCACACGCAGCAAACAAACCACCACUAGAGAGAAGUAUUUCUUGUACCGAUGAAUGUCCAAUCCACGUGGAAGAAAUACUAAAAUACAUGUGCAUGUCUUGUCAUAAACCAGCAUGCCAAGUUUGUUUGAAUAUUGAACACCUGAAUUGUAGUUCCCGCGAAUUUAUUCCUUCUUUAGUAUUGAAGCCGGAAUUCUUUUUCGAAGAUAAAUGUAAAAAGUUUGAAGAAGAGUUGGACCAGUUACAAAAACGUUUGAAGCUAAACAUGGGAAAAGUUUCCUUGAACUCAAAGGCUUGUGAAAGAAUGAGGGUCAAAGCUAAAUCUGAAUUAAAAAAACAACGAGACGAAAUCAAUAAAAAGUUUGAUUGUCUGGAAGAAGAUUUUGACACAAAACUCUUGAAAAUCGAAAGCAGUGACAAAGCGAAAUUGAAAAAACUUAAGACAAGGCAAGUGAAAAUGGAACAAGAGUUGCAAGAGCAUGUGCAAGAUUAUCAGCAACGUAAACAUCUAGGAAAUGCGUCACGUGUAUUUACUAAAAUAGAAAUGUCAAGAAAAAUUACUGAGGACAUGAAAAAUGAGUUGUCAGAUAUUGAAAAGGAAAAUACAAUAGAACGAUAUAUCUACAAGCCAUCGAAAGAUGUUACGGAAUUUACUAGGAACCUCUCAGAGUUAGGGAGCGUAGAAAACAUCGAUUCUAAAACCAUAAGAACAAUAUCAGGUAUCAAUGCGAUCCGAAUGAAAACAGAAGGAGACCAACAUGCAUGUAAAAUAAAUUGCCUGGUCCUUUUGUCAGAGUGUCAUCUGAUGGCCGUAGAUUAUGGUAAUUCUUCGCUUAAGAUUGUUGACGGCGAUAAUGACGUAACCAGUAUACCUGUAACGCCCGCGCCGUUUGAUGUCGCAUUGGUGAGAGACCAAGGACGCACGAAUGACCAAGAUGUAGUAAGUGGACAAAUUGUUCUGACGCUGCCAAAAGAAAACAAAUUGCGUUUUAUGGAGUACACGUUGCCUGAUUAUUUUACAUUCAAACAAGAUGUUGAAACUAAUGGGCAAUGCCGAGGUAUUGUCUACAGCAAUGAUAAGCUGUAUGUUACAUUUCCUUCCCAACGUAAGAUUGAAGUCCUUGAUUUGCAAGGCGAGUUGUUGAAAAGAAUUACAACAGAAACAGCUGGGCAAAUAUUGCAACCCCAGUUCAUUGCUAUGGAUAAAGAAGGGUACAUGAUUUUUAGUUCUGACAUGGAAAACCAUUCUGUCUUCAGUAUGACAACGGAAGGAGAUGUUACGGCCAUUUUUACCGACCAUGACCUUAUAGAACCACGUGGUUUGUGUGUCAACCAGACCGGUGCAGUUUUCGUAUGCAGUUCUGCUACCCAUAAAAUUUUUCAUUUGUCUGAAGAGUGUGAUCUGAUAUUAACCAUGAGUGUAGCAAACGCCGACAAUAUGGCGCCGUUUCCGUUCAGUAUUGCAUACUGUGAUAAGAAGGAUACACUCUAUGUCGGACAGUUUACAGACUCUAUAAAAUCUUACAAACUUAUUUAAGGAAUAGAAUACGGAGACGAUUCUAGAACUCUUGAAAUAGAUACAGAGCUAAUGAUGAAUAUGGUCCAAGCCAGCUUUUUAGGACCAUUGAAUAACAGACGAAAGAUAUUUUUGAUACGUUUGUCAUUCGGAAAGAUGCAUUCUUGUGAGAAAAACAAAGAAACACUGCUUAAAACAUAAAGAAACUGAAGAAAAUAAUAUGGCUGUGAAGUGACUAAAACCUAGAGACACCCCCAUCCCCCGGUCCCAUUUUGCCCCUUACCAUUUCCUUCCCCUCUUUCUAUAUUUAGAAUAAAUUAAUAUGUACUUGUUGGAUGUUUGAAGUAACCCGUCUGAAAUAUUUUUUCACUACAGCUUUUUUUGUUUUUGUGGGCCUACUUUGCAAAUGCGUGGACCUGGGGCUGUGUUUUUGGUGCUCUGUGCUUCCGAGUUGCUUCCCUUACCUCUUAUCUUUUGGAAAAUUGAACAUAUCAAUUAUCUCUUUGAUUACGACUGGACUGGUUACAUAUUGUCUUUAGACUUUAUAUAUAUAUAGUAUGCUCUUGUGCAUUUCUCUGACUUUGUCAAUCCUUGCUGAUACCAUGGGUUAACCUGGGUUUCAGAAUUCUGCAAAUUUACUGGUAGCCCAUCAGGCUACCAAUAUUUUUUUGGUUUGGUAGCCCGAAAAUUUUAGUUUAUUUGGCCAUGACAAUGGCCGUUUUGGAUUAUUUGCUAAGUGCUUCUAUAAUACAGUUUGCAGUUGUGAUCGAAUGCUUAAAUCAAAAUAGGUUUAAUAAUUCCAGUCAUACGCAUAUGUUGUUCUAAAUCUUGUUCUCUUAAAUAACAAUUAUCAUCACUCAUUUUUACUAAUUUUUCUAAUCUUUUUUUUUGAAUUUAGAAGAUAAAACGAUUUAAACUGGGAAUUCUUCUCCGUUCAAUUAUUACAACAUGACAAUCAUAAAAAGAAGUCUAUCAAGUUUUAUAAACUUACAAAAAAAAUCUUAUUAAUUGCAUUUUAUCUUUUAAAAUCAUUUUCAGUCGACAAAUAAUUCUGUCUUUUAAUAAGUUUAUAACACUCUAGAGUUUUAUAGUUCGUAUAUACUUGUGUAUGAAAGAUUUCAAGAAGGAUAGAACAUUUCAUAGACUGACUAAUACAUUUCUUUUUUCUUUUCAUUUCAUGUGCAGCGUAUCCUACUUUUUGAUAAUUAUAUAUGUUUGUCUUGUUUUGUUUUAUCUACAUGUAUAUGUUUUACAUUCAUAUUUUUGUUAUUGUAAAAUGCAUUUAUUUUUUGUUUGUGUUGAAUUUAUAAUUGUAUAUUUUUUCAAUGCCUUUCUGUAAAGCCUUUUUAACGUGUGAGAGUGCUAUAUGAAUAUGAUGUAAUACAUGUAUAAUGAUUAUAAUGAUAAUAAGUGUUAGGAUUCCAUGUUGAUUGAACGGUGCUUGUUGGUACUGGUUAUAUAUUUGUUUGUACCGUUCCAUGUUUUUCUGAAAAUGUAACUAUAUGCUUAUUUCUUAUUGUCUUUGAGAAUGUUGAAAGCUCUUCAAGUGUACUGAUGUUAAACAUUUCUUAAUGAACAUGGUUUGUGGAAAAGUU